AGGCUGAGCCUACCGAAGUCAUUAUUAGAGAAACCAAAAAGCAUCCAGAGAAAGAAAUGUAUGUAUAUCAGAAAGACUUGUCACAAGGGGAUGUGGAAAAACAGGAGGCUCUUCCUUGUUCGGAUGAACAAGGUCAGCCUGAAGAAGAAGAACUGACAGCCGAAGAGUCCCUCCAUUCUUAUUUGGAAUCUUCUAGAGUAAACACUCCUGUCUCCCAGGAAGAAGACAGUCGCCCUAGUUCUGCCCAACUUAUGUCUGAUGACUCGUACAAAACCUUGAAGCUUUUGAGUCAACACUCAGUAGAAUACCAUGAUGAUGAGUUGUCAGAACUAAGAGGGGAAUCUUACAGGUUUGCUGAGAAAAUGCUUCUCUCAGAAAAGCUAGAUGUGUCUUACUCAGACACAGAGGAGUCAGUUACUGACCAUGUCCCCCCCCUUAGUUCAGACUUUCAGGGGCCUGAUAAACGAUCCAGAGAAAAAAUAGCCACAGUGUCCCCACAAGACAUCCUCACCAAAAUCUCUAAAGAGAUAUCAGAAAAUGGUGUGGGUAAAAUGUCAAAAGAUGAUCCUUAUGAGAAAGUGACAGUGUUGCAUUAUUCCGGAGAUGUUAGUAGCCCAAAGCAUGCUAUGUGGAUGCGUUUUGCCGAGAACAGAUUAGACAGAGGUAGAGAAAAGUUGAUGUAUGAAGACAGGGUGGACAGGACGGUUAAGGAGGCUGAAGAGAAGCUGACUGAAGUCUCACAGUUCUUCCGGGACAAGACAGAGAAACUGAACGAUGAACUGCAAUCACCGAAGAAGCAGCAGAAAAGGAAUGGGAGAGAAGCUGGUGUGGGCCUUAGAUCAGCAAGCAGCAGCCCGGAGAAGGUGACUGCUUCUGAAUCACAAGGCGACUGGGCAGGAGGAGGAGGAGUCUGUGCCCAGGACGGGAAGGGCUGGCCAAAACCUGAGGAGAGGAAGGCAGCCAGUUUGCCCAGCAGCCCAGAGAGGCAGAUUCUCUCUCACCCAAGAAAGGACUUGAAGGGAGCAGCUCAGAAGAGCAAAAUCCCAGAGGCUCUGCCAACUGGGUUCCAACUGAAGCAAUCCAAGCUCAGCUCCAUUAGGCUAAAAUUUGAACAGAGCCUGGGCUCUAAAAGUAAGGAGAUGCUUCCAGAGGAGAAAAAGCUGGAUGCGCCAUCUAAGAUCCCAGUGAAAAAGUUGCAGGACAGCAAGCUCCCAGUCUCUCAGUUCUACUCCCGAGAAAAACAGGCCAAAGAGGUAGACCUGGUGAAUGGGAACUUAACAUUGCAGAAGGAACCUCCUGCUGGCUGCUUCCAAGAUGGCCCCAGGGGCAAAGGCAAAGUUAUUGAGGAUGCACCUCCCCUGAAGGUCCCCAAAGCCAAGGAUGAAAUACCAAGCAAUACCGUUUCUGCCCUUGCAGAGCAAAAAGUGAAGGGCUUGGCCUAUGGUGCCAGUGCGGUGCCUGUCCCAGCCAAGGGGCACUGGGAUAAAAAGAUUUAUAGGACAUGGGAAAGUCCUGGGACAUCUUCCCAUAAGGCCCAGAGAGAAAAACUUUCCCAUGUGCUUGUGCAAGAUGUAGUCAAUGAAAACCAGAUUGACCCUCUUGAGACUAAAGAUCUGGCCAAAUCUGGUGAACUGAUCACUGUGACCGAAUAUGAACAGAAAGUGUCCACAAAUGGAUCAGGUUCUAAGGAGGUGAAGGAAGUGACUGUAAAGUCUCCAUCCAAAAAGGUGCUUUAUAGAGAAUACCUUGUCAGAGAAGGGGACUAUCCCACCGAAGUGAGGGAUAGGAUUGCUAAGAAAAAAGAACCAGUGAUGGCAGCCCAUAUUCCAGAAAGUGUGUCAGAAGAGCAAAGUAUUUUGGUGGGUGGUGUUCCUGAAGGACAGCCCCCAAAUGCACGCCACGAACUGCCAACUCGCGUGCCCCACGUCAGAAUGGAUAAGGAAAAAGUAGAGGGACAAUUUGAUGGGACUGAACAAAAGAAAGGGGUAGAAUAUAGUCCAACCAGUACCAGGCAACUCAGUUGCUUCCAGUUAAGUCCUCCUCAGGGGGAGGCAAAGUCAUCCCCCAGUAAGACACCAGACUCCUUAGAAGUUAGUCCAGGGAAACUGUCUCCCGCAAAGAAAUUUGACCUGAUGAAACCCUCCCCUUUAGCCACAGAGGACGCAGCGAAGGAGAUAAAAACACUCCCUGUUUACGUCAGCUUUGUUCAGGUAGGGAGGCAAUAUGAAAGGGAGGUGCAGCAAGGAACGAUCAAAAAAAUUGUAAGCCAGGAAAGUAAGACAGUGCAAGAGACGAGAGGGGGGUUUUAUACCACCAGGCCACAGAAGCAGCUCCCCUCCCCCCAAGGUAGCCCAGAGGAUGACACCUUAGAGCAGGUGUCCUUCAUGGACAGUUCUGGGAAAAGCCCCCUAACCCCAGAGACACCAAGCUCAGAGGAAGUGAGUUACGAGUUUACCUCCAAAACACCCGAUUCUCUCAUCGCUUAUAUCCCCGGCAAACCCAGCCCAAUCCCCGAGGUGUCGGAGGAGUCAGAGGAGGAGGCCGAAGCCAAAUCCACCUCCAUAAAACAGUCGCCCCCAACCGAGCAAGAGCUGCCCAAUAAUAACUUGGACAGGGAAUCUAACAAAAGGCCGAAGGGAAACCGGGUGGCCUACAUUGAAUUUCCACCACCUCCUCCAUUAGAUGCUGAUCACUCAGAACCAGAAAAGCUGCGUCCCUCCUCUGAGAGCGACAUGGAGCUGACAGAAGUCAACCUUCAGGAUGAACUCGAAAGGCGUCAGCUGGCCGAACCCGUCAUCCGCGUUCAGCCCCCUUCUCCUGUGCCGCCAGCAGAAGAUCUGAGUGACUCCAGCGAUGAUGAGUCUCUGUAUCAGCCCGUUCCCAUUAAAAGAUACAUGUUUAAACUAAAUGAUAUCGAAGAUGACUGGAAGGAGGCCACCACGCGCAAGUUCUCUGGAACGGAGGCCAGAAAGGCCAAUGAAUUUGAUUUGGCCCAUGAAUCCCCCCAGAAUGAUGUGGCACCCAAUGGGAACAAUGACCAGUCAAUUACCGAGUGCUCGAUAGCAACCACUGCAGAAUUCUCCCACGAUACAGAUGCCACCGAAAUUGACUCUCUUGAUGGGUACGACCUGCAAGACGAGGAUGAUGGGCUGACCGAGAGCGAUUCUAAGCAGGCCUAUCCAGCAGUAGAAACUAAAAAAGAUCUCUGGGUUACUGAAGGCAUCUUGAAACAGACUGACAGAAGUUUUAGCCAAAGUAAGCUGGAAAUUAUCGAGGAGGAGGAAAAAGUCAGCUCUGAGGAAAAGAAGAAACCCUUAUCCAAAUGUCCAGCAGCUGAAAAAAAUGUCGAUAAGGCCGAACAAAAGUCGGGGGCGCAGUUCUUCACUUUGGAAGGCCGGCAUCCUGACAGGACCGUGUUUCCUGACACAUAUUUCAGUUACAAAGUAGAUGAAGAGUUUGCCACCCCUUUUAAAACCAUAGCAACCAAGAGCCUAGAUUUUGACCCUUGGUCCAGUAACCGUGGGGAUGAUGAAGUCUUUGAAUCCAAGAGCAGGGACGAUGACACCAAGCCUUUUGGCCUGGCGGUGGAAGACAGGUCUCCAGCCACCACCCCAGACACGACGCCAGCUAGGACGCCGACAGAUGAAAGUACCCCAACUAGUGAGCCCAACCCCUUCCCGUUUCAUGAAGGGAAGAUGUUUGAGAUGACUCGCAGUGGCGCAAUUGACAUGAGCAAGAGGGAUUUUGUUGAAGAAAGACUCCAAUUUUUUCAGAUUGGUCCACAGAGCCCAUGCGAACGGACCGAUAUAAGGAUGGCAAUUGUGGCUGAUCACCUGGGACUUAGUUGGACAGAACUGGCAAGAGAGCUGAAUUUUUCUGUUGAUGAAAUUAAUCAGAUUCGAGUGGAAAACCCAAAUUCUUUAAUUGCUCAGAGCUUCAUGUUGUUAAAGAAAUGGGUUACAAGAGAUGGAAAAAAUGCUACAACUGAUGCCUUAACUUCUGUAUUAACAAAAAUCAAUCGGAUCGACAUUGUAACUUUGUUGGAAGGACCAAUAUUUGAUUAUGGCAACAUAUCAGGCACCAGAAGUUUUGCAGAUGAAAAUAAUGUAUUCCACGAUACUGUUGAUGGUUACCCCACCUUUCAAAUGGAACUGGAAACCCCCCCUGGGUUGUGCUUCGCGCCACCCAGCCAUUUCCAUCAAGAUGAUUUGGCUAGCGAUUUCUCUAGCAUAGAAUCACCCUUUAGAACUCCUAGUAGACUGAGUGAUGUCUUAGCAACUUCACAGGGAAACCUAGAGGAGACGGCCGCAGGACCUCCCGUGGUCAUUGAAGAAGACAUCUCCCUGGAAGACGGCAGAUACGAUUACUCGGUGCCUCUAGAAGGAGCCUCUAAAGACGGAGGCCAAAACCCCCUGGAAGAAAUCCACCUUAAGGAUUAUCCUCGCUAUCUGGGUAGCUAUGCUGGAAUGCAGACGCCAAGCGAUAGUAGUCAACCCUUAGUGAGGACUGAACGCCACGAGAGAAAUUGGUCUGGUGCUGAUGAGGAGCCGACGGACAAAAAGCUUAAGUCUCUCUUUGAAGAUAUUUGCCUUGAAGAAAUAGCCGAGUCUGAGGAAAUGACAGAAGAGAAAGCCUUGUCUAUACUUAAGUAUGUGCAGCAGGCCGAACAGGAAAUGUCUUCAAUUGCAGGUUGGCAGAAUGAGGCCCCCCGAGUGAAGGUGGAACCGACGUCUUCAGGACGCAGAAUAAGUGGAGAGUUGCUAAAUCGAUUGGAUGACAGCCCUGGUCAAUGCAGAGAUUCUAUUACCUCAUAUUUCAAAGGGGAAGCAGGAAAGCUGGAGACCAAUGGGAGCUACUCAGAAUCCACGUUAGAAGCAAAGGGGAAGACUUUUGUCCAGGACUCUGUGAACAGCCAAGGAAAACAGAGCGACAAGGAAACUGUGAAACCAAAAAUGCAAAGCUCUCUGCGAACUGAGCAGCAAACAAUCUCAUUAACAUCCCACCACAAAUCCUUGCAAGAGGCAAGCAAGCCAGCAGUUGAUACACCUAAAACCUCUGUGCCUGUUAGCAUGAAAAAGACAAGCUGGAAUAUUUCUGACAGCAGCAAGCCAAGGUCAAAAGCUCAGGAAGAUGAUGGGACAGCAGCUGCUUCAGAACAAAAGGGUGAGGAAGCCAAAAACAUUCCAGGUGAAUCAGUCACGCGAGAGCAGUUCACGGACGAAGAAGGCAAUACCGUCACCCGAAAAGUUACCCGGAAAGUAUUAAGACGCCUUGUUAUCCCACACGUGAAAAAACCUAUCAGGGGAGAAGGGUGUAAAGUGAAAAUGAAAAAAGAUGCCCGGCAUGCAGAGAAGACGACCUACUCAUAACAGCCAAACAGUGAAUGACUGUGUGCUUUUACUGCCAGUAUUCUAGAGAGAAACUCAAGGACGAAUGAAAUCCAACAGGAAUUAUCAAGUCAUGGACAAAAGUGUGUGUGUGCGUGUGCGCGCGUCUGUGUGUUUGCUGCUUCCACACAUUAACCGCAUGGUUUUUAUGUGACGAACACAACAAAAACAAAUUUAAUUUAGCAUGAGCCAGUUCUACACAAGCAUGGAAACCCACAUUUCAUUCACACCAUUGGAGAGGAUGCAGCGAGAGAAGAAAGGACGGAUGUCCAGGGUGCUCCUAAGCCAUGGCUUCACUGAAGCAAGGCAAAGCCAUGGCGAAACUGAGGAAUUCCUGUUGUGAGAGAUUUUCAAGUGACACUGGAGAAUGGUUCAAACGACCGAAAGGCACUAAAAAUUAUUAAAAUCCACAACAGCUCGCCUUAUUUUUCUCAGACCCAAACUGUCAGGGUACUAAAAUACACCUUUGUUUUUUUGGUUUUCAUUUUUUUAAGACAACAACAACAACAAAGACUAACAUUGCUUGUCUCAUUGUAAAUAACACUGUGUAAAUUCUAAAGCGAAGGAGAGGAUCCAGGCUGAGCAGGCACUGCCUCCUAGCUCACAAACUGGAUCCUGCGUUUGCGUUGGACAGAAAUCAGUGUCUCGGAGGGCCGUGACACCUGCCGAGGUACUCUGGAUGUACCUUCACAGAUUCUUGUAUAUUUAGCGAUUAUAAUGUUUGUAUAUGCAAAAAAAAAAAAAAAGCUAGCUUGAUUUUAAAAAAAUCUUUAAAAUCUGCUGCAAAUUUAAUGAUUCCUAAGAUGGGGAAAUCUGAAGUUCUGGGAAAUCAAGGAUUCUCUCCGGAGUACUGAUAUUUUGAUGCAUGCGUUCCGCCUUAUUUUGAUGAACACUUUUCCAGUUUUGCAAAUAUAUUAGAUGGCGACGUGAGAGAGGGGAUCCGGGGGGGCGCAGUUCAUCAGGGCACAGCUGCUAAGGGAGGCCUCCUCAUUUCUGCUUGCAGUGGGUGGAAGAUUGAGGCCGCCCUGGGCACGGCGGCUGUUUGGGAGCCGGGCUGCUUGUGGGAGCCUAUCCAUAACCUUUAAACACAAAAGGCCCUCAUCUAAUGUUUGUUGCUCUUGCCAGUUUUUCUGCUGGAAACGAUCUCAAACUUAACAGAAACCAUAACAUAUACAGUAGUUGCUUUUGCAGAGGGGGGGUUGCUACCUGUCCUGCUUUCCACUGGGGGAAACGCUUGCAGCUUUUGGCAGUUUGGGGUGAUGCUCUUGGAAGCGCCAGUGGGGGAUAUUUAAAAAAAGGGGGGGAAAGGAAGGAAGAGAAUUUCUUAGCUAACAAGAGUGGCAGCACGCUGUAAAAAUAUUACUAUAUUGUGUACUGGCUCUAAGAUGUAGAAUCUUUCAGGAAGCCAAUCGUGUAAUCAUCCUAGCAGAUUAAUAAUAGGUUGUUAAGGCUGCUGUGUUUUAAAGGGCAUUUUUAUUUGGGUUUUUGGUGAAAUACUUUUAAUUUGUUAAUUAUCUUCAUAUGGAAACAGGAUUUGUUGAUAAUAGCUCUAAUUACAUAUGUAUGAAAAAACAACAACAACCCAGCAACACUGGAUGAUCUAGUUGAUAAUUUAAGCAUAAAAUAAAUUGUGUUAAAACACUUCAA